GAGUUGCGUUUGAUACUGUUACAGUCUGUGCAAACAUUUUAGGAAAUGGAUUAACACUCAUUUAUUGAAAAUGACGGCUUGUCGGCUGGUCGCAAUUCUCUUCCUUGUUUUCACUGUAGGAGAAGCUGCUGAAGAUUGUGUCGAUUUGUUGUCUACAUGUGAAAGUCUGCAGUCCAUCUGUAUUGGGAGCGUUUUGGAGUAUCACUUUAAUGUUAUCAGCGAUCUCUCGAAACAGUUGAAUAGCUCAUCACUUCCUGCACUUGAAACUUCUUUGCCACUGAUCCAAUCCGGUCUUCCACUUGUUUUAGGCUCAAACGGAGGAGAUGAGGGAUCUGCCGAAGGAUCUGCUGUUGAGGGAUCUGGCUCGUCAUCUUCUUCCUCAGUUUUCGAUGAGCAGAACCUCAAAAAUGCUCUUCCACUACUCAAAGAGUCCCUUCCAUUGAUCCGUGAAUCUCUGCCACUUAUAAGAGAGUCACUUCCGUUGAUUAGACAAUAUUUAGAUCCACUGGUGGGAAAAUCUUAUUGCCAACGAAAAGCGACGUGCCGAAGCUGCAAGGAUUGCCCAAAACUGCGUGACUCCAUAGUCGACUUUGUCCAGGCUUUAUGCCCGAGAACUUGCAAAGUUUGCACAACUGGAAGCGACCUUCUCGCGUCCUCAGCUGCUUUGACUGCGUUUUUCUCCUGAGCCGGCGCCUCCUGAUGUCAUCGAGUUUCUUGUGGGAUUGUGGGGAAUGGGAAAAGGGAGAUAAUUGUUUUUCGAAUAAAUUUUCUUUCUGGGAAUUUUGUGUAUUUGUUGUAUGUGGG